AUGGAAUCACCCGGAAAAGACCAUUUGGUUGGAGGAGGAGAAUCUAACGACGUUGGUAGAACCUUUAAUCACCGAGACGAACAAGAACAAGAACACGAACAACAACACCAUAACUCUCAACCCCUUACCGGCGAUGGUGCCAGUCCUGGAAAGAUAUUUAUAGGCGGUUUAGCGAGAGAAACGACCAUUGCCCAAUUUAUCAAGCACUUUGGUAAAUAUGGUGAGAUUACCGACUCGGUUAUCAUGAAGGACAGGAAAACUGGGCAGCCUCGUGGGUUUGGGUUUAUUACUUAUGCUGACCCAUUGGUUGUCGAUAAAGUCAUUGAAGAUCCUCAUGUCAUCAAUGGCAAGCAAGUUGAGAUUAAGCGGACUAUACCAAGGGGAGCUGUUGGCUCUAAAGAUUUUAGGACAAAGAAAAUAUUUGUAGGUGGUAUUCCUUCAAAUGUGACCGAAGAUGAAUUUAGAGACUUUUUCACGCGUUAUGGAGAAGUCAAAGAUCACCAAAUAAUGCGGGACCACUCUACAAAUCGUUCUCGUGGCUUUGGGUUUGUCACCUUUGACACAGAGGAAGCUGUUGAUGAUCUUCUAUCUAUGGGGAACAAGAUUGAGUUUGCUGGCACUCAGGUGGAAAUCAAGAAGGCUGAACCAAAGAAGACUAACCCACCGCCUCCAUCGUCCAAGCGAUACAAUGACUCGAGGUCUUCAUACGGCAGUGGUGGGUAUGGGGAUGCUUAUGAUGGAUUUGGUGGCGGCUUUGGUGUUGGGGGUGGUUACAGCAGGUCAGGUAGUGUAUAUGGUGGUAGGGGAGGUGCAUACGGUGGCUAUGGAAGUGAAUUUGCUGGAUAUGGUGGCUAUGCCGGGGCAAUGGGAGGGCCCUACAGAGGUGAUCCUUCCUUAGGCUAUGCAGGUCGUUAUGGUGGGAGCUUUAGCAGAGGCUAUGAUCUUAGUGGGUACGGUGGACCUGGUGAGAGUUAUGGGGCUUAUGGUGGUGCCAGUGCGGGUGCUGCUGCUAGUGGAGGUGGUUCUUCCGGCGCUGCUGCGUAUCAAAGUGGCUAUGAUGCCACCCUUGGCGGUGGAUAUGGAGGAGGAGCUAGUGGAGGCUCCUUCUAUGGAAGCAGAGGAGGAUAUGGUGCUGGUCGAUACCAUCCCUAUGGAAGAUAG